GAGUGUGUGCGAGUGCGUGAGUGUGGCUGGAGCACGGCGUGUGUCUCGGGCCGCUGGUUCCGCCUCCUUCCCCCUGCCGCCGCUGCUCACGGUGUAAGUCAAUGUGAAGCAGCAGCUCCAGCCCCGGGAUAAACAUGGCGACGUCUCUGCAUGAGGGACCCACGAACCAGCUGGAUCUGCUCAUCCGGGCUGUGGAAGCAUCAGUUCACAGCAGUAAUGCACAUUGUACAGAUAAGACAAUUGAAGCUGCUGAAGCCCUACUUCAUAUGGAAUCUCCUACCUGCUUGAGGGAGUCACGAAGUCCUGAGUUUAUCCAUGCUGCUAUGAGGCCAGAUGUCAUUACAGAAACUGUAGUGGAGGUGUCGACUGAAGAGUCUGAACCAAUGGAUACCUCUCCUAUUCCUACAUCACCAGAUAGCCAUGAACCCAUGAAAAAGAAAAAAGUUGGCCGAAAACCAAAGGCCCAGCCAUCACCAAUUUCCAAUGGGUCACCUGAAUUAGGUAUAAAGAAGAAACCUAGAGAAGGAAAAGGAAACACAAUCUAUUUGUGGGAGUUUCUUUUAGAUCUACUUCAAGAUAAAAAUACUUGUCCUCGGUAUAUUAAGUGGACUCAGAGAGAAAAAGGCAUAUUCAAGCUUGUGGAUUCAAAGGCUGUCUCCAAGCUUUGGGGAAAGCAUAAGAACAAACCAGACAUGAACUAUGAAACUAUGGGACGAGCUUUGAGGUAUUACUACCAAAGGGGGAUUCUUGCAAAGGUUGAAGGACAGAGGCUUGUAUAUCAGUUCAAGGAUAUGCCCAAAAAUAUAGUGGUCAUAGACGAUGACAAAAGUGAAACCUGUCAUGAAGAUUUAACAGCAGCAACUGAUGAAAAGUCAUUAGAACGAGUGUCACUGUCUGCAGAAAGUCUCCUGAAAGCAGCAACCUCUGUACGUGGUGGGAAAAAUUCAUCUCCUCUCAACUGUUCCAGAGCAGAGAAGGGUGUACCUAGAGUUGUGAAUCUCACUUCCCCGGGUCAUGAUGCUUCAUCCAGGUCUCCUACUACCACAGCAUCUGUAUCAGCCACAGCAGCUCCAAGGACAGUUCGUGUGGCAAUGCAAGUACCUGUUGUAAUGACAUCAUUGGGUCAGAAAAUUUCAACUGUGGCAGUCCAGUCAGUGAAUGCAGGUGCACCAUUAAUCACCAGUACUAGUCCAACAACAGCAACCUCUCCAAAGGUAGUCAUUCAGACAAUCCCUACUGUGAUGCCAGCCUCUACUGAAAGUGGAGACAAAAUCACCAUGCAGCCUGCCAAAAUUAUUACCAUCCCAGCUACACAACUUGCACAGUGUCAACUGCAGACAAAGUCUAGUCUGACUGGAUCAGGGAGUAUUAACAUUGUUGGAACGCCAUUGGCUGUGCGAGCACUUACCCCUGUUUCACUAGCCCACGGUGCACCUGUAAUGAGACUAUCAGUGCCUACCCAGCAGGCAUCUGGCCAGACUCCUCCCCGAGUUAUCAGUGCUGUCAUCAAAGGGCCAGAGGUUAAAUCGGAAGCAGUGGCAAAAAAGCAGGAGCAUGAUGUGAAAACUCUGCAGCUGGUACAAGAUGAGAAACCAGCAGAUGGAAAUAAGACAGUGACCCACGUAGUGGUGGUCAGUGCGCCUUCAGCUAUUGCCCUUCCUGUAACUAUGAAAACAGAAGGACUAGUGACAUGUGAGAAAUAAAAUAGCAACUCUACAUGGACUGUUGGUAGUUGGCUCAACAGUACUGACUUGUCAUCAGGAAAAGUCAAAAGAAGACUUUAAAACAUUUUUAAGGCAUAUAAGGAAACAAUCACACUUACUGGAAGUAAAUUACCUAGCCCAUGUUUCAGUGGGAAAUGAACUACAUACUGAGAUGCUGACAGAAAACUGCCUCUUACUAUGGGAAACAACUGAACCCAUCAGUAGAAAAAGGAUUGCAAGGGACCAAG